UUUGACAAAUAGGAGGCCACAUCACGUGCGUUUCACUGACACUAUGCUAGAAUUAGAGUCGAUCCUAGGCGACGAUGAUGGUGAAAAUGAAAUGCCUGAUGCAUGCGAACCACCAGUCAAUCUUGUCGCAGGCACUCAUCCAAAAUUAGAUGCAUCCAUUGAUCAGCUUGAUGCAUUGUUUGGUGGUGAAGAUUAUGCGAGAACCCAAUUAGAAGCAGGGAUUCAUGCAAUCAAUGACAAUUUCAACGAAGAGUCAAUAUUUCUCUCCGAACGGUUGAAUGAAGGGUAUACUGAUGAAGAAUUCGCAAACGAAUACCCUGCAAAUAUGAAUUUAGAGAACGAGAAUCCUCAUUUCGACUUUUUUAUAAUUCCUGACAAAGUACUCGAACAUGAGGAGGAUUUUGUAUUACCCAAAGAGUAUUUUGAUAGCAAGAAAAGACCAGAUCCGUCAACGUUUACAUUUUUUCCUAUCCCAAAGGAGAUAUGUAGUACGAAAUUGGAAUUCACUCUUCCCAAAGAAUACUUUCCUAAACCCCGGUCAAAAUUCCAAAAAAACACUUCCAGAAAUAAAAAU